AUGGGAUUUCUAAAAUUAUUAUUAAAUCUGAGUCUAUAUAUAAUAUUGGCCACAAACAUCGUUUUUUGUGCCUAUAAUGAUUUAAAAAUUAUCCGUUUACCCAAUAAUACAGUACCAUUAUUCUAUAACAUUUCUCUGACAUUGAAUCUUGAAGAAGACAACUUUACUUUUCACGGUGAAUCCAAUAUCAAGAUUGAGAUUCGUUAUGCAUCGUUAAAUAACAUAAGCUUGCAUUCGAAAGAAUUAGAAAUAAAUGAAAUGGCGACAACGUUGAUUAAUAACAACAGUACAGUUUAUAAACCGAUAGAACAUUCCUAUAACAAUGAAAUGGAUAUUUUGACACUUAAUUUUGAAAAUGCAUUGUCACCUGGUUUUUACAUUCUAAAUAUGAAAUUUGCCGGCAUUAUACCUAAGAAUAGUUUGUACAAAGGUGGUUUUAUGAGAAUUCCGUAUACAAAUGGAGGAGAAAUUAAUAUAAUGGUCGCAACGUUUUCGGAGCCGAGUGGAGCUAGACAAAUAUUUCCAUGUUGGGAUGAACCAGCGUUAAAAGCUAUCUUCAACAUUUCUGUAAUGCAUCAUGUGAAAUAUCUGGCAUUGUCAAAUAUGCCUUUAGUACGACGGGAAUUCUUUGAAUAUGAUAUGACGUGUACGUACUUCAACACUUCUCCAAUAAUGUCCACUUAUCUCGUGGCGAUUAUCGUAAUCCCCAUGAUUGAUUUUCAUUCUCUUUCCAACGAGAAAGAAACCGUCAAUGUGUGGUGCAGAUCGUCUUUAUUGAGAUCGGAAGUGACAUUUAUGUAUAAUAUUAUUGAAAAGGUCACACCAUUCUUAAUCCAAUAUACCAAUAAUUCCGAAAAGGUUCCGAAAAUGGAUCAUUUCAUCGCACCGAAUUAUCCGGUUGUAGGCAUGGAACAUUGGGGACUCGUCAUUUACAAUGAAUCAUCAGUUGCCUACGAUAUUAACGAACAUCCAACAUAUAGGAGAGCAGAUGUAGCAAUUAUAAUAACACAUGAAAUUGCACAUCAAUGGUUUGGUAAUUUGGUCACACCGUCUUGGUGGUCUUACCAUUGGUUAAAAGAGGGACUUGCUUCGUUCCUACAUACGUACAUCAUCGACAAGAUUUUCAAUGAUUGGCGGGCAGUGGAUUCUUUUGUGAUUGAAAUCUUACACCUCGGUUUGUUGAUAGAUGUAGGCAUAUUGGGUCCUGUCACUUUGGAAUUAGAUAGUGCCUUUAACAGAAUUAAUCUGUUUUCUUUUGUAGUUUAUGAAAAAGCGUCAGUUAUAUUCCGCAUGUUACAAAAUACAAUUACCGACGAGGUAUUUCGAAAGGGUCUUGUCAUAUAUUUAGCCACGCAUGAAUAUAGCCCAACCACUCCGGAUGAUUUGUGGAGCGCUAUGCAAACUGCUUUAGACGAAUCUGAUGUCCCGCACGAACAGUAUAAAAUAAAGGAAGUAAUGGACACAUGGAUGAAUCAAAAUAGUUAUCCCGAGGUGAACGUGAUAAAAAAUUACACAACUGGCGAAGUAACAAUAUCUCAAAAAUGUGUUUACGAGCAUGAAAUUAAUAACAAAUGGUGGAUACCCAUAACUUUUGCCACGCAGUCCAAUCCGAAUUUCUCCAAUACUGUGCCCAGAUAUUGGUUACGACCGGAUGAAAAUGUAACCUUUAUAACUGAUCCAAGUGAUUGGAUUAUUGUUAAUAUACAACAAACUGGAUACUAUCGUGUAAGUUACGAUAUCAAGAAUUGGGAAAAAAUUUCAAAUUACUUAAAUUCUGAGAAAUACACGAAUAUACACGUUCUUAAUCGUGCUCAAAUUAUCGAUGAUCUUUUUUCCUUUAUGGAUGGAAGAAUAAGUGGAUUCGUCUUUGUUAAUCUUAUAAGAUAUUUACAGCGAGAAGUCGAUUAUGUGGCAUGGUAUCCAUUAUUGUUCCGAGUUAUACCAAUAUUAAAGGAAUUCUUUUUCCUGCCAGAGGCCACAUAUGUCAAGAUAACCAUAAUGGCACUCCUCAGUAACCUUCUUCGAAAUAUAGGAUAUUUAGAAAAUGAUGAUGAUGAUCAUAUUACAAAACUGACAAGACUAGAAGCCAUAAAAUGGGCAUGUACCACCGAUGACAAAUUUUGCAAGAAUACGGCCCUCGUAAAAUUAAACCAACAUCUCGCGGAUCCUGAACUUUACAAAAUGCUACCAGGGCAUGAUAAUAUGUACUGUUUUGGUUUGAUGGCAGCCAAUAGAACUACUUGGAAUAAAAUGUUGGAAUUAUAUCAAAAAACGGAUCCAGAAAAGGAAAAAUUUAAAAAAAUGUUGAUGAAAAGUUUAAGUUGCGCCGAAAAUUCUGAUAUUAUCAUCAACUAUUUAAAUAUUACAGCAUUCAACACUUCAUUGUUUCAUGAAAAAGAACAUUCCCUUAUCUUCAAAUUUAUUCUUGAUAAGCAUUUGAACAACGAUUUGAUCUUGGAUUACAUAUUGUCCAAUUUUGAAAUUAUAAAACCCAAAUUAUUUACUACAACUGUAAUAAUAAAACAUAUUCUUCGGAAUCUUUUUUAUGAUGAACAAAUCGAUAAGAUAAAAGUAUUCUCCGACGUUAAUUUUGACCAUGAUCCUAAAACUCGGAAGAGAAUUAAAAAACUGAUAAAAAAGCGUGAAAAUAUUCUUAAGAGAGGCAUAUUCAUUUUUAAGGAAUGCAUCAGUGAUAUUGAAAAUAUACGUAUCGACAUGGGAUUACUAAAAUUAUUAUUAAAUCUCAGUCUAUAUAUAAUAUUGGCCACAAACACCGUUUUUUGUGCCAAUAAUGAUUUAAAAAUUAUCCGUUUACCCAAUAAUACAGUACCAUUAUUCUAUAACAUUUCUCUGACAUUGAAUCUUGAAGAAGACAACUUUACUUUUCACGGUGAAUCCAAUAUCAAGAUUGAGAUUCGUUAUGCAUCGUUAAAUAACAUAAGCUUGCAUUCGAAAGAAUUAGAAAUAAAUGAAAUGGCGACAACGUUGAUUAAUAACAACAGUACAGUUUAUAAACCGAUAGAACAUUCCUAUAACAACGAAACGGACAUCUUGACACUUAAUUUUGAAAAUGCAUUGUCACCUGGUUUUUACAUUCUAAAUAUGAAAUUUGCCGGCAUUAUACCUAAGAAUAGUUUGCACAAAAGUGGUUUUAUGAGAAUUCCGUAUACAAAUGAAGGAGAAAUUAAUAUAAUGAUCGCAACGUUUUUGGAGCUGAAUGGAGCUAGACAAAUAUUUCCAUGUUGGGAUGAACCAGCGUUAAAAGCUAUCUUCAACAUUUCAGUAAUGCAUCAUGUGAAAUAUCUGGCAUUGUCAAAUAUGCCUUUAGUACGACGGGAAUUCUUUGAAUAUGAUAUGACGUGUACGUACUUCAACACUUCUCCAAUAAUGUCCACUUAUCUCGUGGCGAUUAUCGUAAUCCCCAUGAUUGAUUUUCAUUCUCUUUCCAACGAGAAAGAAACCGUCAAUGUGUGGUGCAGAUCGUCUUUAUUGAGAUCGGAAGUGACAUUUAUGUAUAAUAUUAUUGAAAAGGUCACACCAUUCUUAAUCCAAUAUACCAAUAAUUCCGAAAAGGUUCCGAAAAUGGAUCACUUCAUCACAUCGAAUUAUCCGGUUGUAGCCAUGGAACAUUGGGGACUCAUCAUUUACAAUGAAUCAUUAGUUACCUAUGACGCUAACAAACAUCCAACAUAUAGGACAGCAGAAGUAGCAAUUAUAGUAACACAUGAAAUUGCACAUCAAUGGUUUGGUAACUUGGUCACACCGUCUUGGUGGUCUUACCAUUGGUUAAAAGAGGGACUUGCUUCGUUCCUACAUACGUACAUCAUCGACAAGAUUUUCAGAGAUUGGCGGACAAUGGAUUCUUUUGUGGUUAAAAACUUACAGUUUUGCUUGAGAAGAGAUAAAGGCGGAUUGGGUCCUGUCACAAUGGAACUUAAUAGUAUCUCUGACAGACCGGAUCUUUCUAUUGUAUUUUAUCAAAAGGCGCCAGUUAUUUUGCGCAUGUUACAAAAUACUAUUACCGACGAGAUAUUCCGAAAGGGUCUUAUCAUAUAUUUAGCCACACAUGAAUAUAGCUCAACCACUCCGGAUGAUUUGUGGAGCGCUAUGCAAACUGCUUUAGACGGAUCUGAUGUCCCGCACGAACAUUAUAAAAUAAAGGAAGUAAUGGAUACAUGGAUGAAUCAAAAGAGUUAUCCCGAGGUGAACGUGACGAAAAAUUACACAACUGGCGAAAUAAUAAUAUCUCAAAAAUGUGUUUACGGACAGGAAAUUAAUGACAAAUGGUGGAUACCCAUAACUUUUGCCACGCAGUCCAAUCCGGAUUUCUCCAAUACUGUGCCCAGAUAUUGGUUACGACCGAAUCAAAAUGUAACCUUUAUAACUGAUCCAAAUGAUUGGAUUAUUGUUAAUAUACAACAAACUGGAUACUAUCGUGUAAGUUACGAUAUCAAGAAUUGGGAAAAAAUUUCAAAUUACUUAAAUUCUGAGGAAUACACGAAUAUACACGUUCUUAAUCGUGCUCAAAUUAUCGAUGAUCUUUUUUCCUUUAUGGAUGGAAGAAUAAGCGGAUUCGUCUUCGUUAAUUUUAUAAGAUAUUUACAGCGAGAAGUCGAUUAUGUGGCAUGGUAUCAAUUAUUGUUCCGAUUUAUACCAAUAUUAAAGGAAUUCUUUUUCCUGCCAGAGGCCACAUAUGUCAAGAUAACUAUAAUGACACUACUUAGCGACCUUCUUCGAAAUAUAGGAUACUUAGAAAAUAUUGAUGAUGAUCAUAUUACAAAACAGAUAAGAAUAAAAGCUAUAAAAUGGGCAUGUACCUUCAAUGACCAGUUUUGCAAGAAUACGAUCUUCAUUAAAUUAAAUCAACAUCUAGCGGAUCCCGAACUUUACAAAGUGCUACCAGGGCAUAAUUUUAUGUAUUGUGUUGGUUUGAUGGCAACCAAUAAGACUACUUGGGAUAAAAUGUUGGAAUUAUAUCAAAAGACAGAUCUAGAAAUGGGAGAAUUAAAAGAAACAUUGUUGAAUAGUUUGAGUUGCGCCGAAAAUUCUGAUAUUAUCAUCAAUUAUUUAAACAUUACAACAUUCAACACUUCAUUAUUUCAUGAAAAGGAACGUUCUCUUAUCUUCAAGUCUAUUCUUAAUAAGCAUUUGAACAACGAUUUGAUCUUGGAUUACAUAUUGUCCAAUUUUGAAAUUAUAAAACCCAAAUUAUUUACUACAACUGUAAUAAUAAAACAUAUUCUUCGGAAUCUUUUUUAUGAUGAACAAAUCGAUAAGAUAAAAGUAUUCUCCGACGUUAAUUUUGAUCAUGAUCCAAAAACUCGAAAUGCAAUUAAAAAACUGAUAAAAAAGCGUAAAAAUGUUCUUAAGGAAAGCUUAGACACUUUUAAAAAAUGCUUUUUUUAG